AUGUCAAAGAUAGAUUUCAAAGACAAGGUUGUCAUCAUCACUGGUGCCGGCGGUGGCUUGGGCAGAUACUACUCGCUUGAGUUUGCCAAGUUGGGCGCCAAGGUUGUCGUCAACGACUUGGGUGGCGCCUUGGACGGCCAAGGUGGAAGCUCCAAGGCGGCCGAUGUUGUUGUAGACGAGAUCAAGAAGAACGGUGGUGUUGCUGCUGCAGACUACAACAAUGUUCUCGACGGCGACAAGAUUGUCGAGACCGCCGUGAGGAAUUUCGGCACCGUGCACGUGGUUAUCAACAAUGCCGGGAUCUUGAGAGACUCCUCCAUCAAGAAGAUGACGGAAAAGGACUUCAAGUUGGUGCUCGACGUCCAUUUGAAUGGUGCCUACGCCGUGACCAAGGCGGCCUGGCCAUACUUUCAAAAGCAAAAGUACGGCAGAAUUGUCAAUACCUCGUCGCCUGCUGGCUUGUAUGGAAACUUUGGCCAAACCAACUACUCUGCCGCUAAGUCGGGCUUGAUUGGCUUUGCCGAGACUUUGGCCAAAGAGGGCGCCAAGUACAAUAUCAAGGCCAACACCAUUGCCCCCUUGGCCAGAUCGAGAAUGACGGAGUCGAUUUUGCCACCGCCGAUUUUGGAAAAAUUGGGCGCUGAAAAAGUGGCUCCCUUGGUGUUGUACUUGGCCAGUGCUCAAGAUGAAUUGACCGGUAAGACUUUUGAAGUUGCUGCGGGCUUUUAUGCUCAAAUCAGAUGGGAAAGAUCGGGAGGUAUCAUUGUUAAGCCAGAUGAAACUUUUACCGCUGAAUUGGUGGCUAAAAAGUUUAACGAGAUUCUCGACUUUGACGAUUCGAACAAGCCUGAGUUGUUGAAGAACCAACACCCAGAGAUGUUGAAUGACUAUACCUCAUUAACCGCUGCUGCUAGAGAACUUGGACCAAAUGACUUGUCGGGUGCUCCAACUGUUUCCUUGAAGGAUAAAGUUGUUUUGAUUACUGGGGCUGGUGCCGGUUUAGGUAAAGAGUAUGCCAAGUGGUUUGCCAAGUAUGGUGCCAAGGUUGUUGUUAACGACUUCAAGGAUGCUUCCAAGACUGUGGAAGAAAUUAAGGCUGCUGGCGGUGAAGCUACCGCUGACCACCACAAUGUUGCUACCGAGGCCGACGCUAUUAUGGAAACCGUGUUGAAAGCUUAUGGUACUAUUGAUGUUCUUGUCAAUAAUGCCGGUAUCUUGAGAGACAGAUCGUUUGCCAAGAUGACCAAAGCCGAGUGGGACCAAGUGCAAGCCGUGCACUUGUUGGGUACUUUUAACUUGUGCAGAUUGGCCUUUCCCAUCAUGUCGGAGAAGAAGUAUGGUAGAAUUGUCAAUAUCACCUCAACUUCGGGUAUCUAUGGUAACUUUGGCCAAGCCAACUAUUCCGCAGCCAAGUCUGCCAUUUUGGGUUUGACCAAGACUCUUGCCAUUGAAGGUGCCAAGAACAAUAUCAAGGUUAACGUUGUUGCUCCCCACGCUGAAACCGCAAUGACCUUGACCGUCUUUAGAGAAGAAGACAAGAACUUGUACCAUGCUGAUCAAGUUGCUCCCUUGUUGGUUUUCCUUGGUUCGGAAAAUGUGCCAGUUACCGGUGAGACUUUUGAAGCUGGUGGUGGUUGGAUUGGUAACACCAGAUGGCAAAGAGCCAAGGGUGCCGUUAGCAAAGAUGCUGAAACCACGGUUGAGUUUAUCAAGGACCACUUGGCUGAAAUUGUUGAUUUCGACAAGGACACUGAGAAUCCUAAAUCGACUACUGAAUCCUCAAUGGCCAUCUUGGCUGCCGUUGGCGGCGACGACGACGAUGAAGAUGAAGAAGAAGAAGAUGAAGGUGAUGAAGAAGAUGAAGACGAAGAGGGUGAAGAAGAAGCUGACCCAGUUUGGAGAUUUAACGACAGAGACGUUAUCCUUUACAACAUUGCUCUCGGUGCCACCACCAAGCAAUUGAAGUAUGUCUAUGAAAACGACUCUGACUUUCAAGUCAUUCCAACUUUUGGCCACUUGAUCACUUUUAACUCGGGCAAGUCUCAAAACUCGUUUGCCAAGUACUUGAGAAACUUUAACCCCAUGUUUUUGUUGCACGGUGAGCACUACAUCAAGGUGCACCAAUGGCCACCACCAACCGAGGGUGAAAUCAAGACCUCGUUCCAGCCAUUGCAAACCACCCAAAAGGGCUCCAACGUUGUCAUUGUCCACGGAUCCGAGUCUCUUGACAAUAAGACUGGUGCUCCAAUCUACUCCAACGAAGCCACCUAUUUCAUUAGAAACUGUCAAGCCGACAAUAAGACCUAUGGUGAGAGAAGAAGCUUUGCCACCAAUCCAUGGACUGCGCCAAAGCGUGAGCCAGACUACACCGUUGAUGUGCCCGUGAGCGAGGACCUUGCUGCUCUCUAUAGAUUGAGCGGUGACAGAAACCCAUUGCACAUUGACCCCAACUUUGCCAAGGGUGCCAAAUUCCCCAAGCCAAUCUUGCACGGUAUGUGCACCUACGGCUUGUCGGCCAAGGUCCUUAUCGACAAGUUUGGCAUGUUUGAUGAGAUUAAGGCGAGAUUUACUGGUAUCGUGUUCCCUGGUGAAACUUUGAGAGUGUUGGCUUGGAAAGAGGGUGAGAAUGUGAUUUUCCAAACGCACGUUAUUGACAGAGGUACUAUCGCUAUCAACAAUGCUGCUAUCAAGUUGAUUGGAGACAAGAAACCAAACUUGUAA